AGCAAUCAAUUUGUGGCAUCACUAACAAAACUCCGAAUUAUGAAGAGAAAAACAUCAAGCCAACCUGCAUCAUCAACCCCUCCAUCAUCUCCACAUCAAUCUCCCCAUUUCCCCGUCAAACUGAACUCCAUAUUCGCUUCCAAAAAACCCAAAAACAUACUCAAGAAUUCCCCUGCAAUCACCACAAAAGCCAGCGGGGAAUGGGUACCAUUGAGUAUUGGAAAAUCAGAGCUUUAUUUACCUCUUACUUUCCCCACAGGCCAAACAUUCAGGUGGAAAGAAACUGGCCCACUUCAAUACACAGGUGUUAUUGGGCCCCACUUGGUGUCACUGAAGCAGCUUGAGAAUGGUGAUGUGGGUUACCAUUUUCAUCAUACAGAGUGUGAGGAAAGUGCAAGAUUGGCGCUUUUUGACUUUCUGAAUUUGGGGAUUUCUUUGUCUGAAAUUUGGGAGGAAUUUAAGGUGUCUGAUUUGCGGUUUUGUGCGCUGGCAAGCUAUUUGGAGGGAGCCAGAGUGCUUAGACAGGAACCUCUUGAGUGUUUAAUUCAGUUUCUUUGUUCAUCGAAUAAUAAUAUUGGGAGGAUUACUAAAAUGGUUAAUUUUUUGUCUUCUUUGGGGAAGUAUUUGGGGAAUGUUGGAGGGUAUGAUUUUCACGAGUUUCCGGAGAUUAAUCGGUUGGCUAUGGUUUCUGAAACAGAGCUCAGAGAGGCCGGUUUUGGCUACAGGGCAAAGUACAUUAUAGGUACCGUAGAGGCUUUGCAAUCAAAACCCAGCGGUGGUCUGCAAUGGCUUGCUGCUCUUCGUAAACUAAAUCUUGAAGAGGCUGUUGAUGCUCUUGCUUCGUUACCUGGAGUUGGUCCCAAGGUGGCUGCCUGCAUAGCACUCUUCUCUCUAGAUCAACACCAUGCUAUUCCUGUUGAUACGCAUGUGUGGCAGAUUGCAACGCAAUACCUCAUCCCUGAGCUUUCAGGCACCCGUUUUACACCAAAACUUUGCAGCCGCGUGGCAGAUGCUUUUGUGUGCAAAUAUGGGAAAUAUGCUGGCUGGGCCCAAACUCUACUUUUUAUUGCUGAGUUACCUUCACAGAAAGCAAUCCUGCCUUCAAGGUUUUGCGAUGCUGAAAAAGUUAAGCCUGCCAAGUCAAAAGAAAGGAAAAAGGGGGCGCACAAUGCCAGAAGUAGAAGUAAUGUAGCAACAGCGAGGCAAGAGUAGCACCAUAUCUGUCUGUUCAAAACACUCUGUUGGUAUCUAUUAGAUUCUACAGCUAUCACAUCUGAAGGAGAGGUAGAUUCUAUUUGAAGAGUAUUAUUAUUGGACUGAGAUUGAUGAUUACCCAAGAACAACUCGCGACAAGUAUUCUUUAAGCAUCUACUUCAUAUAAACAUUGUUCCUCUAAUGACUGAUAUGCUAUUUUAAGUUUCAAUUUUUACACUGAUGUUCCAAUUUGAGGGACUGAUAAUCAUCCUCCUAAUUACCCAAUUCGACUAAAUGUUGUGUUUAAAUAUUUACUCUUGAGGAAAUGAUUACAAGUUCUACAAA